AUGGUCUCCUACUCCCCCGAAAACUACCACAUUAACUCCACGCACUCAGUGUUUGUCACCCUCGAGGGUACCCAACUGCGUAUCCAGCGGCCCAAGAAGAAUGUCCCUCGGCGGGCCAUGUUCAAUACACCCCCACCCUCAGCAACCAGUGUGCAUUUUGUUCACCAACGCAUCUUUGACAUGACAAGGGUCAUUGUCACCCUCCUACCUCAGGGCCUGAUCGAGAAGAGACUGUGGAGCAAAAAAUAUCCCAUCCGCCUGGAAGUCCAAUCUGCCCCUAUGUCG